AAUACCCGCGCGCGCGGCCUCGGCCGUGGCUCUGACUCCGACUCCGGCCCCGCUUGUCGCCGGCCCGGCCCAGCUCCCGCCGCGGCCCCUCGUCUAGUCUCCGCCGGGUCGCCCCCGGGGACGUCGAGGCCCGAGGGACGCGCGCAAGAGGGCGCCUUUGUGGACUUCACGGCCGCCAACAUCUGGGUACUGAGCGGGCCACCGCUGGCCACCGCGCCGCCGCCUCGCUUCGGGGACCGUAGAAGGCGAAGCCCCGAGGCCGGAGACUUCGGUUCGGGACGAGCCCCCCGGGAUGCGGUAGCGGCCGCUGUGCGGAGGCCGCGAAGCAGCUGCAGCCGCCGCCGCGCAGACCCACGCUGGCUCCGUGCGCCAUGGUCACCCACAGCAAGUUUCCCGCCGCCGGGAUGAGCCGCCCCCUGGACACCAGCCUGCGCCUCAAGACCUUCAGCUCCAAGAGCGAGUACCAGCUGGUGGUGAACGCAGUGCGCAAGUUGCAGGAGAGCGGUUUCUACUGGAGCGCCGUGACCGGCGGCGAGGCAAACCUGCUGCUCAGCGCCGAGCCGGCCGGCACCUUCCUCAUCCGCGACAGCUCGGACCAGCGCCACUUCUUCACGCUGAGCGUCAAGACCCAGUCCGGGACGAAGAACCUUCGCAUCCAAUGCGAGGGUGGCAGCUUCUCGCUCCAGAGCGACCCGCGGAGCACGCAGCCCGUGCCCCGCUUCGACUGCGUGCUCAAACUGGUGCACCACUACAUGCCGCCCCCCGGCGCCUCCUCCUCGCCCCCUUCCGAACCCUCCUCGCCCUCCGAGGAGCCUGAACAGCAGCCGCCUGCCCAGCCGCCUCCAGGGAGCCCUCCCAGGAAAGCCUAUUACAUCUACUCGGGGGGCGAGAAGAUCCCCCUGGUGUUGAGCCGGCCCCUCUCCUCCAACGUGGCCACCCUUCAGCAUCUCUGUCGGAAGACUGUCAAUGGGCACCUGGACUCUUACGAGAAAGUCACCCAGCUGCCGGGGCCCAUCCGGGAGUUCCUGGACCAGUACGAUGCGCCCCUUUAAAGGGCAAAGGGCGGAGGUGGGGAGAGGGGCUUGAGUCCCCCUUCUUCCGUGGCACAUGGCACAAGCACAAAAAUCCAGCCGAGAGUCCAGUGCCUCCGGGUGAGCUGGGGGGGGGGGGGGCCGGAUAGGCCCCUCCCUCCGGCCUUCCCCCCUGCCGAAGGGCUGGCGAGACCUGGAAUGUGUUUGAGGGAGGGGAAACGCCACCUGGGCUCCCCUCCCCCACCCCAGCUUCUCCGAGGAGCCGGCUGGCCCUGGGACAAUAGCAGCGACAAGUGGAUUCUCCUCUUCCCUUCCUCCACUCCCCCUCUGCUUCCCAGCUGGGAAGUGUUGAACUAAGAAAACUGCUGGGAAUCUUCAAACUUUCCAACGGAACUUGUGCUUUGAUUUGGUUUAAACCUGAGCAGGGCCAGGGGCCUGGGAUAGAGGAUGGAAAGAGGGUGCUUGAGGGGCCCCAAGCUGCGCUGGCCCAGGAAACGGCUACUCCUACGCCCAGCCCAGGUGAAGAGGGGGCUGUGUGCUCCACUGCUGGGUGUAGGAGAAGGGCAAGGGGCGACCUGAAAGGAAGUCCUGGUGCCCCAGCCCCUCCCCCAUUUGAAGGAGGAAGUGGCAUUUGGAGGGGCGGAUGGCCUGGUCAGUGAGCCUCCCUUUCCUGCCCAAGCUGUAUUUCCCAGCACCUGGCCAUGCAGGUGGAGGAGAUGCGCCAUCUUUGAUCCCAAAAGAUGGAUUCGACUUUGUGCCUACUGACUAUGUCUGGCUAGAGAUUUGCCUUAAAUGCUCCCUGUCCUGUGGAUAGGGACUGGCACACGAGGAGCCCCAGUCUGCCCAUCCAGGCAGAGAGGCCUAGGGAUUCUCCAAGGGCACCCAGCCAGCCACUGGCCAGAGGAUGGGGUGGGUGGGGGGCAGAGACCCACGCCUUCCAGCCCGGCUCCCAGCUCCAGUAGAAUGUUAGCCUGUUGGUAUUGGCCAAUCCUAGGCGCCUCGUGGUCAGAGCAGAGCCACCAGGUCCCACAGCCCCCUAGGCCCUGCACAGCCCUCCCCCCUCACUUGGGGUGGGGGGGCAGGAAGUCAUCCAGGCACCUGCCACUCCAGCUGCUCUGGCUCUGCAAUAGCACUGAUCCUUGACAC